GAAGGUGGCCAACUGCAUACCUGAACCGGUUUCGCUGUCUUUAUUGGUAUUACCUGGUGGGCUGUCGGGUGGAGGGAGAGUGUGCAGUGUGCUAUCAACCAUUACGCUAAGACCCCAUCAUAUUCACAUAUCGCACAGUUUUUUGACAAUGGGACUGGUACGCUGGGGAGUAACCCUCCUUCUCUUCACCCUGGCGUUCACGUAUCUGCCUAGACUGUUUGCACCGAAACUGAAGCCUCAUGUCGAUGGUUAUUUUCAUCCGAAGUUUCGCAAAGUUGCUGACAUCCUCAGGUAAAAAAAAUGUGGAAAGUGGAAAGGAGCGGGGUGCGGCGUUCGCUGUGUAUCACCGUGGGGAGGUUGUGGUCGACAUGUGGGCAGGAUAUGCUGACGAUGAGGCUGAGAGACCCUGGGCCAGUGACUCAAUGUGCAUUGUCUUCUCAACUACGAAGGGCAUGGCCGCUCUCGCCGUAGCGAGGAUGGUAGACAAGGGAUGGCUGGACUACAAGAAGCCGGUGGCCCAUUAUUGGCCGGGGUUCGCGCAGAACGGAAAAGGGGAGAUAACUGUUGAGCAGUUACUGGGACAUCAGGGCGGGCUGGUGUCCCUUGGUGGCAACAAGACGACUCUACGUGAAUACCGUGACAACCAGGAAGCCUUCACCCGACGACUGGAGGAGGUAACGCCUCUAUGGGAACCAGGUACUGCCCACGGUUACCAUGCCUUUACGUUUGGCUUCUACGUGGAUACUCUUGUCAGGAUGGCAGACCCCAAACACAGGAACAUGACUCAGAUAUUCCGGGAGGAGAUUGCCGAGCCUUUUGGCAUUGACUUCCACAUCGGUCUCCCAAAAUCUUUGUCACAUCGGGUAGCCCGAGGACAUUACCUGUCUCCCCUGGAGUCGAUUAUCUCUUCCAUGAAAUCUUGGCAUUUGUUUCACCUCUUUGCCAGUAGCACAUUCUUCCCGGACACCAUCACUGGCAAGUCACUAAAUGUUAUAGGUUUAGAGUUCAAUACGUUUAAUGACCCUGAAGAGAUGAGUAUUGGACAGUCAGCGGUACUUGGUAUCGGGACAGCUCGCAGUUUGGCCAAACUCUACAGUUACAUGGCAAUGGGCGGAAGUAUCAAAGGGAAACAACUCCUCAAACCGGAAACUUGGAAGUUGGUGACAACCAGUUUGAGAAAAGGCCAGGAUCUCGUAUUUCCUUCGCUCACAUCAGAGUGGGGCAGAGGUGUAGGAUUUCGUGAUCUCCCUCACCCAAAAUAUAAGGGUCAGAAAAUUAUCGGUCACUCGGGUUUUGGGGGUCAAGUCGGAUACUUUGACACCGUCAACCAGGUCUCCUUGGGGUACAUCACAAAUCAUGCCUCUGUACACGGUCUUUUUUGAUGACCCACGGUUCCUCGACCUGGAGGCUGCCUUUUAUGACUGUCUGGAGGAUUAUGUACGAACUCAGAAAUAGUUAUUUCCGAGAAAACAUGAGUCUUUGUUUUAGGUUUUUAAAUGGCGGCUAUAUAAAUUUGUUGGCACCUUUCAUUUCUGGAAGAUUCAGUACGAACUCAGAAAUAGUAAUUUCCGAGAAACAAUUAUUUUUUGUUAAGGUUUGUAUAUGGCGGCUACAUAAAUUUGUUGGCACCUAUCGUUUCUGAAGAAUUUUGUACGAACACAGAAAUAGUAAUUUCCGAGGAAAUUCUUGAAACGCUUGGAAGCAGUUCACCUUGCAGUUUUGGCGCAGUAGGAUUCUGAUCAUCUGUACCAAAAACGAAUAAAAGGCACUCUUAAAAUCCUUAAAUCAGUUAGGCAAAUACAACGUAACCAAAGACUGAAGUAACACCAAACGCAUGUAAAUAAGGUGAAGCAUGACACGGGUACGGGUAACAGGGUAUUUUAAAUGAAUUACAUUUGAUGUUUCUGUGUGAUUACGUUUGGGUUAGUGUGGAAGCACUGUGUGGAAUGUUUGACAUCCUCCUUGAUAAUGUUCAUGUGAAGUUAGAGAGAAAGACAUUUACCCCAAAGCGAAGGCAUCUCUAUUGACUUAUAUUGUGCUGCCCCUCUUGUCGAUCUGUUUGUUUAUGCGCAUGAAUCGGAAUAUUUCAUAGGACUAAUUGUUUCAUCGGAAUUUCAGAAGUUGGUGAGUCAUAAACGAAACAUAGCGUUAUAACGGUGUAAGAAUCUACUCUUUGAAACGUCGCUCUAUACAGUAAACUAGAAGUUGUCAUCCCUAAAGUUGUCUGUUUUAUUUCUGUUCAGACUGGCAAAAUGAAAACAAAUUCUUUCGGCCAACAAUUUGAAUUUAAGGUUUGGGGGCUUCGGUGGUAUGAUAUCGUUCAAUAUGAAGCGGGGCGGUGGGGUAGCCUAAUGGUUAAAGCGUUGGCUCGUCACGCCGAAAACCCGGGUUCGAAUCCCCAUAUGGGUACAAUGUGUGAAGCCCAUUUCUGGUGUCCCCCGCCGUGAUGUUGCUGGAAUAUUGCUAAAAGCGGCGUAAAACCAAACUCAGUCAGUCAGUCAGUCAAUAUGAAGCCCAGAGGCAAUCCCCUUCAAGCGACUUACCCACUAGACAUACAAAGAGGCCAAAGAGGCUUUAUCUGUGUCAUGUUUAAGGAAUAACGAUACAGACUUGCAAAAAUACUCUCAAAA